CGCGCUCUCACAAGCCGGUUGUCAGUCCAAACCUGUUUUGCAGUGGCGACACAGCUACAGUGAUACCAAAGUGAGCUCGAGAGGACAGUGCCCUAGUGUUUAGUUUUAUGGACAAUUGAUUUGUGGAAAUGGAAGAUAAGCCUUAUAGUGUUGACAGUUCGGACGAUAUCAAUAUCGAAGAGGAGGAAGAACAUAUUGAGGAAAAUCAUAGCUAUCCACCAGACUUUCCGAUCGAAGCUUUAGUGAAGCUCGAGCGGCCGUCACCCCCUUUGCCGACACCGCCGCACACGCCCACCGACGACACGCCCCCAGCUGUCGUUAUCUCGCGACAUCAACCUUGGACACCACCCGCGCAACCCUAUACCUACCCCCGACCAGCGAUGCAAGCCCCCUACCCCUACGAGAAAGUCCCAGUUCAGAACUAUUCGCACCCAAUGUCGGCCUACGUACAAGCACAAGUCGCGACGCUCCCACCGUCGGCUCCAUACCACGCUAUGCUCGUAAACCAGUGGAUUAGAAACGCUGCCUUUUACCAUCAUUCAUUAAGGUACCCGGGUGUCAUGGCUCAAAGAAUGCCAGGCAGGAACCCCCCACCAAUGCGAGCACCAGGCGUUCCUGGAACGAGGCCGAAGAAACAGUUCAUUUGCAAAUAUUGCAACCGCCAAUUCACCAAGUCAUACAACCUACUGAUUCAUGAGAGGACCCAUACUGAUGAGAGGCCCUACUCUUGUGACAUCUGCGGUAAAGCAUUCCGCCGGCAAGACCACCUCAGAGACCAUAGGUACAUACAUUCGAAAGAGAAGCCAUUCAAGUGCACGGAGUGUGGGAAAGGAUUCUGCCAAUCGAGGACACUAGCGGUCCACAAAAUAUUGCAUAUGGAAGAAUCUCCCCAUAAGUGCCCAGUUUGCAACAAGAGCUUCAACCAAAGAUCUAACUUGAAGACACAUCUGUUAACACACAGUGAUGCAAACAAGCACCAUUUAGAGCAUUUGGAAGGAUGCCAAGAAGUUUCCUCGACAAGUCAGUCAGAGAGCUCUUUGUUGGACCUCUCACACAAACCUUCUCCGCCCCUACCACAACAAAUUCAGCCCCUAAUUUCUCACCAUCAAUCCCCCAUAGAAAGCCCAAAAAGAACUCUAGGGUUUUCGAUAGAAGACAUUAUGAAGCGGUAAUUCUCAUCACUGUAAAUAUUUAUAGUACGCUCUCACCACAAUCCAGUACCUGUUUAAAUUGGCAAGAGGCUUAUAUUCGAGUGUAAAAUGAUUAGUUAAUUUAUUUAUUUACCAAAGAUGUAUCACUGACUGAUUAGGAGAAUUCUUAUCGUUGAUUGUCCGUUUUUCUUUCAUAUCUCGGCUUCGUCUUUCAUUCAUCACCUCACCUUCUAUUUAUUAACCUUAUUUCAUCAUCACCUUCCUAAAGAUUAACGCGCCGCCGAAACUCGGAUCUAUUUUCACUUUUGAAGACUGAAAUUGUUUUUAAUUAUUGUUAUUGUUUAUUUAGAUGUUUAUUUAUUGUG